AUGGAAGAGAUGGGUAAGAAAAUUAUCAAACAUUGUGGAGGACUACCAUUGGCUGUCAAAGUGUUAGGAGGCUUGUUAGCUGCCCAACACACAUUAAGUGAGUGGAAAAAGGUAUAUGAGGAUAUUGGAUCUCACCUGGCUGGAAGAACUAGUUUUAGUGACGGAAAUCGCAAUUCAGUUCACCAUGUGUUGUCUCUCAGCUUUGAAGAGUUGCCUAUUCUUUUGAAACAUUGCUUUCUCUACCUUGCCCAUUUUCCAGAAGAUUGUCCAAUAGAUGUGGAAAAAUUGUCUUAUUGCUGGGCUGCAGAAGGAAUACUAAAUCCCAAGAAUUAUGAGAGUGAAAGCAUUCGAGAUGUUGCAGAUGUGUACAUAGAAGAAUUGGUUAAGAGAAACAUGGUUAUGUCUGAAAGAGAUGGUAGGACUUCAAGAUUUGAAACUUGUCAGUUGCAUGACAUGAUGAGAGAAAUGUGUCUUCUUAAAGCCAAAGAAGAGAACUUCCUAAAUAUUGUUGGUGGGACAUCAACUUCAAACUCUAAAUCUCCUUAUAAAUCUCGCAGACUCGCUGUACAUUGGCCUGGUGCAAAAUUUAAUGUCGAGGGGGAGAUGAAGAAUCCAAGCCUUAGAUCCCAACUGGAUGACAUCAGGUUUAUUCUUUACCAAGCUACAGUUGAUGAGGGUAUUAGAUCUCUCUGGAGCCAAGUUUCAAGGAGGGAAGUUGCCCUCUAA